AACUGAAAAACCCACACCCACACACUGCGUUCGCAAACAGUCCAGCCAAAACCAUAGGGAAUUCCCUUGUCCCACUUUUCCUCCCCUGUUCCAGCAAAAAACACCAUUUCUCCUCCCCUACAGCACCUAGUACACCACACGAGAACACCACCAGCAUCCUAUUCCAGCCAAAAACAACAAUCAGAGACCCUGUCACUAAUUAAUAUUUGUUUUUCAGAAUAGAGCAAAUGUUGAUCUCCCUCCCCGUUUUUUUAACCAUCCUUCUCGUUAUCUCCAUUUUAUGGACAUGGACGAAAUUUAUCAAAAGCAACAAGUCAAGUUCAAAUCCACCUCCUGGGCCAUGGAAAUUACCCUUUAUUGGAAACCUUCACCAGCUAGUUCACCCUCUGCCCCAUCAUCGCCUAAGGGACUUGGCCAAGAAAUUUGGACCUGUCAUGCAACUUCAAGUUGGUGAAGUUUCCACUGUCAUUAUUUCUUCAUCAGAAGCAGCGAAAGAAGUGAUGAAAACCCAUGAAAUCAACUUUGUUGAAAGACCUCAUCUCCUAGCUGCAAGCGUCCUGUUCUACAACCGUAAAGACAUUGCAUUUGCGCCGUAUGGCGAAUAUUGGAGACAACUAAGAAAAAUCUCCAUAUUAGAGCUUCUUUCGGCAAAACGUGUACGAUCAUUCAAAUCUAUCAGGGAAGAAGAGGUAUCUAAUUUUAUUGCUUCCAUUUAUUCAAAAGAGGGGUCUCCAAUCAACCUUAGUAGGAUGAUAUUUUCUUUAGAAAAUAGCAUCACUGCGAGAACAAGCAUUGGUAACAAAUGCAAAAACCACGAAGGUUUCUUACCAAUUGUUGAGGAAUUGGCGGAGGCACUUGGAGGUUUUAAUAUGAUAGAUAUAUUCCCUUCCUCCAAAUUUAUUUACAUGGUCAGUCGGGUCAGGUCUAGACUCGAAAGGAUGCAUAGAGAAGCAGAUGAGAUACUUGAAAGCAUCAUCUCCGAGCGUAGAGCCAACUCCGCUUUAGCGUCAAAGAUGGACAAGAACGAAGAGGAUGAUCUUCUCGGUGUUCUUUUGAAUCUCCAAGACCAUGGAAACCUUGAAUUCCAAUUAACAACAAGCGCUAUCAAAGCUAUCAUCCUGGGAAUGUUCAGCGGUGGAGGUGACACUUCGUCAACAGCUUUAGAGUGGGCAAUGUCAGAAUUGGUAAAGAACCCGAGAGUAAUGGAAAAGGCACAAAAAGAAGUGAGACAAGUCUUCAAUGAUAUUGGAACUAUUCCUGACGAAGCAAGCCUUCAUGAUUUAAAAUUCUUGAAGUUGAUUAUCAAAGAAACUCUAAGAUUACAUCCUUCUGGACCAUUGAUUCCAAGAGAGUGUAGGAAGAGAUGUAAUGUUAAUGGAUACGACAUCCACGUCAAAAGUAAAGUAUUGAUUAACGCAUGGGCAAUUGGAAGAGAUCCUAAUUAUUGGAAUGAACCUGAGAGAUUCUAUCCAGACAGAUUCAUCAAUGUUUCGACUGAUUUUAAGGGUAGCGACUUCGAAUUCAUCCCAUUUGGUGCUGGAAAGAGGAUGUGCCCUGGCAUGUUGUUUGCUAUAGCCAACAUUGAGUUUCCACUUGCGCAGAUGUUAUACCAUUUUGACUGGAAACCUGCUGAUGGAUUGAAACCUGAAGAUCUUGACAUGACUGAGUCUCUUGGUGGCACAGUUAAGAGAAAACGAGAUCUUAAGUUAAUUCCCAUUUCAUAUCGUUCACUCGUGGGAUAAAAACUGCUAAAUUAUUUUAGCGCUAAAAUAUAUAUUAUGAAAUAAAAGUUGUCUCAACUAUGAUUUUUAAUAUUCAUCUUAUGAUAUAUGAUAUAAUUUGUCAGAA